GAGACGUCCCUGGAUACAGAGAUACACACAGUGCUAAUCUCAUGUGACGUCACUACUACACACAUAAAAAAAAGACCCGACUUCACUGGCAAAUGGGCAUCUGUUGGUUCUGUUUCCUAAGUCAGGAAGCAUUCUGACCAGAAGGGAGGGGAGGGGGAAGUCGGGGAAUCAAGUUCCGGGUCUUCCCUCGGAUCAGCCUUCAAAUCCUCAUCUCCGCUUGUGUUGACUGACUGGCUGUGAUCUCAAUCGGCUCACAGAUAGCGACGGCGCUCCUUUCAGCGUUUCAUAGGCGCUUUCUCUCUCUCUCUCUCUCUCUCUCUGCGUGUGUGUGUGGGAGGGACUAAAGGAAAGCUCCCCUCCGCCACAGCAUCGUGCAUUAGUAGGAGGAGGGGAAAUGGGGGGGAACUCAAAGCACACUCGCCGAUAAGGUUUCUUUUUUUUCUCUCCCCCCCCCCCCCCCCUAAUCUCUCCUCCUGGUCCUGUGGCUGGAAGAAGAAGAAGGAGUCGAUCGGGAUGCUGAGGUAGCGCGAUCUCGGAUGUAGGCUGCCAUGUUCAAACUCUGAGCCGGCGUGUCUGUCGUCCACUUCUUAGGGAUGCUGUGGAGUGGAGACGCCGUGGGAGAAAGUCUCAGAGAGAAACACGAAUGGCUUCCCCGAAGCUGCUUCCCGCAAAGGAGGCAGGCAAGCAGUCCGAGCUGAACCCAGAAGCACUCGACCGGGUUUCCGGUGUGCAGCACGCCCGGAAGUCGGCCGGAUCAACAGGAGAGGGGCUCCCCGGGGAGGGCGGCUGCGCUCCCGCCCGCGGCAGCGGCAGCCGCGGCCGGUGCCUUUCAGCACCGAGGACAGCGCAGCGCAGGGCGGGCGCUGAGGGGAAACUCUGCCCUCCCCCCGGCGGCGAGGAGAAGCUCCGAGUUUGCUGCGACGAGGAAUUGGAGACCUCCUUCACCUUCAUCGACGAGAACGUCAACUUGCGACUGGCCAGCCCGGAGACCGGCUGCAAAACUUCGCACAGGCCCGCCCGCAACGGCGAGCCUUGCUCCGAGACUCUGCCGGAGCUCUCGUUCAUGUCCGAGGACGACCUCUCCUUCGGCGAAGGCUCCGGGAGCUCCGUGGACUACGGCUUCAUCAGCGCGGUCACGUUCCUGGUGACCGGGAUCUCCCUGGUGAUCAUCUCCUACGCCGUGCCGCGGGACGUGGAGGUGGACCGCGACAGCGUGUCGGCGCGGGAGAUGGAGCGGCUGGAGAUGGAGAGCGCCCGGAUAGGCGCCCACCUGGACCGCUGCGUGAUCGCGGGACUCUGCCUGCUGACGCUGGGCGGCGUCGUGCUCUCCACGCUGCUCAUGAUCUCCAUGUGGAAGGGGGAGAUGUACAGGAGGAAGCUCAUGGCCUACUCCAAGCGCUCGGCCAAACUGUACGGCUCCAUCAGCCUGAAGACAAGAUCCAGCCCCAGCCACUCGUCUGCCCGCUUGUCCCUGGAGGAGGAGAUGGUGGAGACUUUGGCUUAAGCCGCCGCUCCGCAUAGAAACGCUUGUUUGUUUUGAACGAGGAUUAACGUCAGCCACGCACAUUUCAUAACUGCUGAACUAGCUAUUACAUGUAAGACGCUACAAUGGUAGGGAAUGGGCUGAAUGGAGGUCCUAGAUGUGUUGUAGUUUGAACCUAUGUUCAGACUAGGGUAAUUUGAACAUUGGAUUCAAACUACCCUAUGGUAUUAGUGACGAGUUUUUUUUUUUUGCUCAUCACUAAUACCAAAUCAGCCUGAGCAAGAUGAACGUGGUCCACAUGGAUGAUAGCUGGAGAAUUGCCACAGCUACUUUUCUGCCAAUUUUUGGGCCUGUAUGGGUUCCACAUUUAAGAGAGACCUGUUGAUUGGGGUUUCCAUGCCAACAGGGGCAAGAGCACUAGACCUACCCAUGUGGUAAAUUACCCCCAGUCAGCAGGUAUGUGGGCCAAUCAUGGACUUUGCCCAGGCUGGAUGGGCACUAAGUAGGCACGGCUUCUUCUGGAAGAUCCAAAUGGGUCAACUUGAUAACUGAUGUCAGCAAAACAACUCUCAUUAAAAAAAGAAUUAGACUUUUAUUAUUAUUGAGUUGUUAAACAAUAAGUUUAACAACACUUCUAGGGCCAUGUGGAUACCACUUUGUGUCCAGAGUUGAUCUAACCUGCUGUAUGAAUGAAGAUGCAUCUACUAUGUAAACCAGGGACUGUCCCAAUACAAGCCAUUUUGUCAGCCCAUUUCCUGCCUAUAGAGUCCCAUAUGUAAGCCAAGUGAACUAGGCCAACCAGCCUCGACGAACACUUCAGUUCUCACACAGAUUAAAGAAAAUAAAAUAAUCUAAUUUGUGAUUACUUUAAUGAAGAAUAACCUUACAUUUAGAUUCACAUUCACAAAAUUUACUAAGGAUUAAAAGCGUCAGCCAUAUGCUGUAAUGUUUGAUCAUUGAGUACAACCAGCUCAUAAUGACGACACAAGAUAUAAUCAAUUUUUUUUGAAAAGACAACUAACUCCCAUUCCCCCCCCCAAAAAAAAUUGGUCUAACAAAUACAUUUUUUUAAAAGAAUGUCUGCUCCGUUUAGGUUAAUCUGCUUCAGGUUUCAUUUGUCUGAAUAUUCUUGUCUGUCAAUUCGUUUCUAAUGCCCAAAAAACGCAUUAAAAUGUCCCUUUUUGUGUUUUCACAAAAAAUAAAAUGAAAUAAAACUUUUAUGAAUCUGA